GAGAGCGCAACUGGGAGCGAGUGGGAGCAGAUCUACGUAGAGGGGAGUCGGACGGUUUAGUGGUGGUGUAAAGUCCUGAGAGAGGCAAGAGGUAAAGGGGACGAGCAGAAGGUAGCGAAGGCGCUGCCCUCAGUCGGUCAGCCGCUUCACUACAGCCAGCAUAUACAAGAGUAGACCAAGCGAUUGGCUAUACGUGGUCUUUGCCUAAGCGCGCACUACGGCUCCGUGUGUUCCCGUUUUUCGAAUGAAGGCUUCGAGCUUCGUUCUGCCCGCUCUUUUGCUCGCUCGCUCGCUCGCUCGCGCUCAUUUGGUCUUGUAGCCGUGUCGUCGUGUCGGUGUGCGUAUGCGCGCGCGCACUCACACGCGCUCAUCCAAGCUGAGACAGAUAGAGAGGCCGGUAGAGAGAGAAGGACAGACACAGAGUGUCGAGGAGUCGUGCAGAGAGACAGGCGCGCGUACACAGCCAUCGAACGUGGUGAUUCGUACGGAGGCGGACGUGCGAUAGAGCUAAAAACCGAGGCCGUUUCUCGCGGGGGGAAAAAGAAAAGAUCACACUGGUGGUUGGUCGAGAUCGGUGGUGAAUCCUUGAUUGUGUCUCCUCUGGUUACCAACCGUCACACCGUUGUCGUCGAUGAGACCAUCAACGGGGGCCCUCGUCGUCGACGCUUCAGCGCGAACUUUUCCUGCACGACACGAAGGCACGACGCGAACAGUUACAUGGAAACGAUCGGUGCGUCAACCAAUCCUGACGAACAAGGGAGGAUCAAAGACUUAUCGUGAGUAAAUAGAGCGAGAGACAAAGGGGGGUUGGUACGUACCCUUGCGGAACGCGCGUGUAUGGUGUAUCAUCGGCGCGACGGACGAUUGGAGAACCGUCGUGUGGUAUCCCGAGAGUUGUUCCUUCGGUAGAUCGGUGAAUACGUGCGUGUACGAGGACUACUGAGAGAGAGAAGUGGGGGUAGAGACUCUAUAUACUUCACGGACAUCCGGCGGGGAAACCGCAUGCAUUCGUACGAACCUCUCUGAGAGAGCGAGGGAAAAAAAAAGAAAGAAGGAAGGAUCUGCUGGCGCCGAGGGAAACACGGGUACUCGAUAGAUAAAGAGAGAGAGAGAGAGACAGACUUGAGAGAGGAGAAAGGAGGUUCUGCGUUCCGAUUGCCCGCGUAUCUCUCGUACGUUCUCCUUUUUGUCUGAUCCAGAGACUGAGCCGAGAGGCAUACGUACAUCUCUCUUUCUCUCCGUACAGACCCAAAAGUCAAAUUUUAUUAUUCAUCGUCAAUCGGUCCCCGCGUAUCGUCGAUCCUCGUGCGUGCUUGCCCGCACACGCAACGGUUGAAAUUUUCGGUACAAAUAAUAAGGGUGGCGGAGAAGAGGUGGAAGGACGUGACGGCAAGAGAGAGAGAGGUAGAGCAAGGGCCCAAGGGGAAGAGAGAGAAGUGAGAAACACGCCGAGCAGUGCUGCUCCCUAUUGGCGACGUCGAGUCGCGACUCCCCACCCGGGACAGUCGAACGAGGUCCGAAGGCGAGUUCUCGGCGUGUAACUACGGUGAUUUUCCCUUACGAGAGUGUACGUAAACGAGACCUCGUACAAAGCUCUCUGCGCCGCAUCACGCGUUCCGCGUAAACACGUUUUCCUCUCGGUACGGUACGGGUAAACAACCAAGUGAUCAAUAGCGUCGAGCCUGGAACUUGCUAUCAAUCCUGGUGCGUGAGAGCACAACCAGCGAGGAAGUAUCUUUCGGUGGAAAUCGAAAAACAGCUAGAAAGAGAAAGAAACAGGGAGCGAGAAAGAGAGAGAUAGAGAUACGGGAACCGAGUGAAGGAGAGAAAGACACACAUACACACACACACACACACUGGCAUCGAAGUCUGCUUUUACACGCGUGCCAUCGUCGAUAACUGUCGUCUCUCUCUCUCUCUGUCUUUCGCGGAGCGGAGCAGAGAGCCUCCGGUAACGUGUACGCGCCCGAUCGUGAACGCGUCCCACGCGUGUGUCGCGUAUCACCGCCGCCGGUGAAACCGAGAGAAUUCGAACGAGUCAGAGGGUAAAAUAGGAUUUCUCGCGUGGUCGGUCCUCUCCCGUGUGGUUGGCGCGGCGAGGGAGGAGGGGUGCACGAGGAGGAAGCGAGAGAGAGAGAGGGAGAAGGAAAGAAAGCAAGACACUGCCCGACGAGGAUAGAAGAGGAAGGAGAGGGAGAAGGAGUGGGACAGAGAGAGAGUGUUGAGGGGGAGCGACGAAGACGUGUGUAUAGUGCACGGAGGCGCUUGUGCUGCGCCCCAACGGCCGUUCGUCGAAACUCAGUUAUCACAAUGGCUUCCGUGAAAGACACAGCAACUUUCUUUGCGGAGGGCACAGCGAGUCAGUUCGAGCACGUACUGAAGCUUUAUCCGCAGGCCCUCAGACUCAAGGCCGAUCGGAAGACGAAAAAGCCCGAGGAGCUGAUCAAGUUGGACAACUGGUAUCAAAAUGAGCUUCCAAAGAAGAUCAAGUCACGCGGCAAGGACGCGCAUCUCAAUCACGAGGAACUCGUGCAAACGAUGAAAUGGAAACAAAUACGUGGGAAGUUCUAUCCUCAGUUGUCCUACUUAGUGAAAGUGAACACGCCUCGCGCGGUGAUGGCGGAGACGAAGAAAGCGUUCAAAAAGCUUCCAAACCUAGAACAGGCGAUCACUGCCCUCUCGAAUUUGAAAGGAGUCGGUACCACGAUGGCCUCGGCCCUACUCGCAGCAGCAUCACCGGAGAACGCGCCCUUCAUGGCGGACGAAUGUCUGAUGGCAAUACCGGAAAUCGAGGGCAUCGAUUACACCACCAAGGAGUACCUCAACUUUGUUCAGCACAUUCAAAACACCGUCGAGAGGCUGAACAAACAAACGUCGAACGGCAAAACAUGGAGCCCCCAUAGGGUGGAACUCGCUCUGUGGACCCACUACGUGGCGUCUGAAUUGAAGCCAGAAUUGCUGGACGGUAUUCCAGGCUCGACAGAGAACGGGAACUCUCAUCCGCCCAGCAACGGCGAGGCGACAGAGCCGUCGGACGACAGCAAUCAGGAAGCGGCAUUGAACGGUAAGGAACCAGGCAGUAUUGAUCCGGCGGCCAUCGAUGAGAACAGCAUAACCACGUCCUUCACCGAAGAUUCGAUGGAUAAACCCGCUACGCCGAUUACAGCGGCCGUCGCCAGCGAAGAUACGAAUGACUCGCUCGCCACGAACGACAACGACGACAGCAACAACACGCCACGACCGACAGACAGCGAGGACACCGAAGACUCGCAGGACGUACAGCAGCCGCCUAACAAGAAGAGUAAGAAGUGACCAACCGCCAGCCAGGAAGCCACGAAUACAAGCAACAACAUCAGCACCCUCGUGUCAGCCGCCAAUCUAACGCUGAUCGCGGCGAGGCGCUUCUAAAAAAAAAAAAGAAAAAAAAAAACCGCCAGGGUCUCCGAUCAGGGUCGCGGAUAGUAGACCUGUAGCCUACCAUCGCACCAUCACGAUCGUUUUGACGAUUCUCCCUUCGCUCCUGCUCUCUCUUUCUCUCUCUCUCUCUCUCUUUUUCACCUUUUCAUUCAUUAUCUUUUCUUUACUAUCUCUCUCUAUCUCUCUCGCUCUUUUAUCCUUGCAUACAGUGUGAGUUAUUUAUCCUAGAUUCAUUAAAUUUCUAAGGUUCCUUUUUUCCUUCAUAUUCUCGUCCUUCUUCUACUUUUUCUUCUUAUGUAUCUCCAGUAUAUUCCGUCUUUCUCUGGUCUCUUGUCUCGUCUCAUUCCUGCUCUUAUUAUUUGUAGAAACGCAUUUCGAAACCUCGUUGUAAAAUAGUGUUACUGCAUAUAACGGAGAAAGUGGAAGCUGUUGUGUGUAUAGGCACCCUGCUGAUUUUUAGACGUCCAUCCCCGGGGCUCGAUUGGAGGCAGAAAGAAGAGGUAAAAAGCUCUCGGGGCCGACGAUUUCGAAGAUUUCCUUCUUCUUCGCUUUUUCGUUUCCUUUCUUUCUUUCUUUCUCUACACUUUACUUGCACGUUCAGUUUCUUCGUUACAUUCGAUUUUGCCAUCCUCUUAACCGAUUCUUUCCAACGAACGUGUUACGAUUGCGGUAGAGUUGGCAGUGGAUUUUUAUACGGUGUUGAUGUAACAAGAAUAUAGCGAUGAUAUCUUCUAUCGAGACUCGGCGAAGGAGACUUUCUCCACUUUUUUCUGUCGGUAGUUUUUAGUUUUAGAAGUAUUUCUCUUUUUCUUUUCCUUUUUCUUUUUCUUUUUCUCUCUCUCUCCAUCGAGAUGGAAACAAAGCGAUGAUCCCACGCGGUUUUACUGCCUUUCGAACAAGAACGCCCUUUUCCUCCUCACCGCUUGUCGCGCGAUAG